GCGUGGCCGGUCCCGGGAACGCAGGUGCGGCUUCCGCGUCAAGAUGGCUGCCGCCUGUCGCUCUUCGGCUUUGCUCCCUCCCGGCCCCCUGUGCCGCCUGCCUGCCCCGGCCCAGCUGCUGAGCAUUGCCCUGUGUCUGCUCUGCUGGGCUCCGGCGGCUGUGGACGCCGUCCCUGAGCUCGGGCUUUGGACGAGGACCGUCAAUGACAAAUCAGGACCUUUGAUAUUUAGGAAAACUAUGUUUAACUCUACUGAGAUCAAGUUUUCUGUGAAGUCAUUCAGUUGUUCUGGACCUGUGAAGUUUACCAUAGAGUGGCAUUUGAAGUAUCACACCUGCCACAAUGAAUACGCUGAGCUGGAGGAGGAACUGUCCCAAAAACAUACACUUAAUGCUGAUAUGGACUUCUGUGCCUAUUUCAAGAACGUUGACUGUUGGACAACAAAAAGUGAAAACUUAGAUUGCAACAGUGAUUUACAGGCAUUUCCCUCAUUAAAUAAUAAAGAGCUAACAGGCAGCAGAAAUGUUUCAAGCCAAGAAGGAUCAAUGGAUGUUGUAGCCAGGACCCAGAAAGAUGGCUUUCACAUCUUCAUCGUUUCUAUUAAGACAGAAAAAACAGAUGCAAUCUGGGAUUUGAAUGUUUCUCUUUCUAUGGUGGGGCCUCAUGGAUACAUCUCUGCAUCAGACUGGCCUCUAAUGAUUUUUUACAUGGUGAUGUGUAUUGUUUACAUAUUGUAUGGUGUCCUCUGGCUGAUGUGGUCUGCCUGUUACUGGAAGGAUAUAUUAAGAAUCCAGUUCUGGAUUGCAGCUGUUAUUUUCCUAGGAAUGCUUGAAAAAGCAGUUUUUUAUAGUGAAUACCAAAACAUCAACAGCACUGGACUGUCAACCCAAGGUUUACUGAUAUUUGCGGAGUUGAUAUCUGCAGUUAAGAGGACAUUGGCUCGCCUGCUUGUGAUCAUUGUGAGCUUGGGUUAUGGCAUUGUCAAGCCUCGGCUAGGAACAGUUAUGCAUCGGGUGAUUGGACUGGGACUGCUUUACUUGAUCUUUGCAGCCAUUGAAGGCGUCAUGAGAGUCAUCGGGGCGAAUGACUCUGAUCUUGUUCUUCUGGCCAGCCUGCCUCUCUCUCUUCUUGACUCAGGCUUGUGCUGGUGGAUUUUUAUAAGUUUGGCACAGACUAUGAAGACUCUAAGGCUAAGAAAGAACACUGUGAAAUUUUCAUUGUAUAGGCAUUUUACAAAUACACUCAUCUUUGCUGUGCUAGCUUCUAUAGUGUUUAUGGUGUGGACAACAAAGACCUUCAGGAUUGCAAAAUGCCAAUCAGACUGGAUGGAGCUCUGGGUUGAUGAUGCAUUUUGGAGCUUUCUCUUUUCUCUCAUCCUUAUCGUGAUAAUGUUCUUAUGGAGGCCAUCAGCGAAUAAUCAGAGGUAUGCCUUCAUGCCCUUGAUAGAUGAUUCUGAUGAUGAAGUUGAGGAAUUCAUGGUAACAUCUGAAAAUUUAACUGAAGGAAUAAAACUAAGAGCUUCGAAAACAGUUUCAAACGGAACAGCCAAACCUACUUGUGAUAAUUUUGAUGAAGAUUUGAAGUGGGUGGAAGAAAAUAUUCCCUCUUCGUUCACAGAUGUGGCUCUCCCAGUCUUAGUGGACUCAGAUGAGGAAAUUAUGACCAGAUCUGAAAUAGCUGAAAAAAUGUUCUCUUCAGAAAAGAUAAUGUGACUGGGACCUGCAGUGGACGGCUUAAUAUAUGUUUUACUGUGUUGUCUUGGAGAUUUGUGUACGCGAAUGAAGAAUUCAGGUGUGGGAGGGCCUGCCACCCUCAUAAAGCCAUCUUUAGAACUGACUCAUAAAGUCAGUUUCAUUGCCAUUAAGUUGCCUGAAUUUGGAAAUAAUCUGAUAAGUCUUAGCAGUGUGUACACAGAUGUGAGUUAGGUGACGGCUAUUGGCAUUUGGAUUUGUGGUCUCAGUCUUCUUCAGAACAAAGAAUCUGUAGCUGGAUGUGGUUGUACAUGCCUGGCAUUUGAAAUCUCUGAAAUCAAGGCCAGCCUGGUCUACAUAGUUCCAGGACAACCAGAGAGAGCUAUGUAGUGAGACCCUGUCUCAAAACAACCACACAAACAACAAAAGUAAAAAAAACAAAAGAAUCUAUGAACACUCUUUCCCCUCUCCGCUUUGAGAUAACAUGCUUCUCCUGAAUGCUCCACAGCAGUGUUCGUCUUUUCUAGUGGUGAUUUUAUUCGAGUUUUUAUACUGAGGUGACUUCAUAUUGGAACAUGAGCAUGUUCAUAUGUUUAACCCUGUUCCCUCUGCUGGUGUACACAAAGCUCUUAUUUGUAAAUACCACCACGCACUUCACACCAUGGAGUCUGAACUCAGGGGAACACAAGUGCACAAUGAGACACGUAUGUCCACAGACUUGCAGGCCACGGGUAUAUUUGCUGCUGCUAAUUCUGCUGUGACCCCUGGCCAUAUGGCUCCCCUAAAGCACUUUCUUCCCAGCCCCUUGGUGCAGCAUUCCUUGUGACCCUUGUGGGGACUUGCACAGUAUCAGAUUGGUUACACAUUCUUGGUGAUUGCCAUUCCAUAAUGAAAACAUCUAACUAUACCAUGCAUCAACUUACCAGCCCUCCCUCCACCAUACUUUACAGCUUGUUUUGUUAAAUUAUGUUUAUAAUGUAUGAUUGACAGUUUGUGUCUAUUAUUUUUAAAUAUAGAAUGUUGUAGACUUGAAAGGCAUCUGAAUGUAGUGUUAUGAAAAUGUGAAUGCUACUUUUGUGACCAAAGAUAACAGGCUGACAACAUUUAGGGUCUUGGGGCUUUCCUCUGGAGGACUCCUGGCCUUGUGAAUUAGAACAACUCGUAAUAAUUGAGGAAACAUGGAAAUCUGACCAGGAACGCUUAACCACAACAUGCAGUGAUUUCCACUGUGAUGCCACAAAACAAACCUAUCUUUCAGAAGCCUACUUUCUGAGUUUAUUUCCUGUGUACUCAUAUUAAAGGGGUUGCUAGAGGUCUGUUUCUGUAGUUUAUCCCUUGAGAAUGUUUUUCCAUGGUGAACACGGGAACAGCAGUGUUGGCAGACCUGGUGGAGAAAGGCUGGCUCACAGUCCCGCUGUUUGCUGGCGCUUCCCGGGGGGAGAGUGGCCAGUUCAACCAUGGUGGGUCCACUCCUGUCAGUUUCCACCACAGGGAUGGCUGCUGCCCACUGUGCUUCCCUGUGUGCUUGUCCAUUUUGGCUUUGACAUAGUUCCCCUUCUAGCCAGUUGUUUGAGGACGCCCCUUGAGGGGUGUGGGUUGCAGGGUUUCGCUGUAGCCCAGGCUGACUGAUGAUGUAUUUGCUGUAUUUGAUGCCCUGGCCUCACAGAAUGAGGCAGCUCACCACACUCACAUUGCCUGCAGUUGAGUAUUUCUGCUUACAGCCAGCAGGAACCACACAUUGUGCAGAGUGUGUCUGGGGAGUUGAUGGCCAGAGAAAUGCUUUUGAUACCAACUCAGUAGUGUU